AUGUCCCAUCUCUCAAUAUCCACACCAGAGCUGGUCAACACGCUGAGGCAGAUGGGCCAACAGGUCAAGUGGCCCCCAAAGAUGAAAGCACCUGACUCAUUUCGGAACCCGGGACUCUGGUGCGACAUCCAUCGCGAUCACGGCCACAGAACUGAAGACUGCGUCGCCCUGAAGAUCGAGGUCAAUGAACUGCUCCAAAAGGGGCAUCUCCGAGAAUUCCUUUCAGAGAAAGCCAAGGCUCAUCUUAGCAAAGAAGCAUCAGGGAAAUCCAAAGGAGACGCGCCAAGCUUACCACCUCGCCAGGACCGGGUGAUUCACGUCAUCUCAGGAGGCUCUGAAGUAAGUGGCGUGAGUCAUGCAACUGCGAAGAAGAGCACCCAUAAUGCUAAACACGGCCUGGACACUGUUAAACCUAAACGCCUACUUCUAGGUACCGACGAGAUAAGCUUCACAGCAAAGGAGCAAGAGAAGAUAUUAGCUCCCCACCAUGACGCUCUAGUUGUCUCACCGGGGUAUCUCGCAAGAGGUAAAACAUGGCCUAACCACCGGGGUAUCUCGCAAGCUGAUAUCUUGUAUGGUCUCCGGACCAUGAUUUCUAUAUAA